GUUGGCGACUGCGAUGGCUAUCUUUGAUCUAGGGCGUUUAUUUCGUCCGGUAAAGAAACUACAUUUAUUAUUUUUAUUAACGUUUAGUUGUGUAUGCGUAUUAUUUUAUCAAGGUUUCGUUGCAAGAAUAUCUUCUGCUAGAAGAACCUUUCUUAAGGACACCGAAACACAGCCACCAAGUGUAGUUAUAGCUUUUUUAGUUCGAAACAAAGCUCACACAUUGCCCUGGUUCCUGGGCCUGAUAGAAAAGUUUGAUUAUCCUAAAAAUAGAAUAUCAUUUUGGAUCCGAAGUGACCAUAAUAUAGAUAAUUCUACAGCUGUAUUAGAAGAAUGGUUGACGGCUGUUCAACAUGAAUAUCAUUCUGUAGAUGUUGACAUUAAUCAUACACAGAAAGGAUAUAGUGAUGAAAAGUCAUCGAACGAUUGGUCGAAACAACGAUAUGAAAACGUCAUCAAACUUCGACAACAAGCCCUGGAAGAUGCAAGACAGAUAUUGGCAGAUUAUAUAUUCAUGGCUGAUGCAAAUGUGAUUAUUGAAAAUAACAAGACACUACAGUUACUUAUGGAUCAAAAUAAGAUAAUAGUAGGGCCAAUGUUUAAUGCCAGUGACGCAGGAUAUUAUUCCAACUUCUGGGAAGGGAUAGAUACAAAGGGUUAUUAUGUAAGAACAGAAGAAUAUUUGAAAAUGGUUGACUGGGAAAUUCGUGGAUGUUUCCCUGUUCCCAUACUACACUCAGCUCUUUUAAUAGAUAUACGACGUUGUGUUACUCAACAUAUAGUGUACACACCUCCAUUGCCUGAAUAUGACGGGCCAUAUAAUGAUAUUAUAAUAUUUGCACAUUCUGUAAAGGCCACAGCAAUAUCAAUGUUUAUUCUAAAUACAAGAUAUUUUGGUAAAGUAAUGGUGCCAUUAAAUAGCCACUAUUCUUUAGGGGAAGAAAUUGAACAGUUUGCUUACCUUAGAACUGAAACAAUGGUGGAAGGGCCGCCAUUAUAUAGAUCUAAACAUGUAUAUGCACCUCCUGUACCUCAGAGUAAAUUAGGUUUUGAUGAGAUUUUUAUAGUACAUUUACUACGUCGUCCCGAGAGGAAAAAAAUAAUGAGAAAUACUUUAUAUAAUCUGGGAAUAGAUUUCAUUGUUUUUGAUGAUAUUGAUGGAAAAAAAUUGAAUGAUACGUAUCUGGAUAGUCUUGGUGUUGAUAUGCUACCUGGGUUUGCGGAUCAUUACCAGGGACAGAUAUGGAGGUUAAACAUGGGAGAAAUUGGUUGUUUUCUUAGUCAUUACAGAAUCUGGGAGGAGAUGGUGUCGAAAAAUCAUAAAAGAAUUAUAAUAUUUGAAGAUGAUGUUCGAUUUGAAUCGUUUUUUAAAAGUAAACUAGCAAAACUGAUGAAAGAAGCGAAGGAGUUUGUACCUAACUGGGAUCUAAUAUACCUGGAUAGGAACGGAUUAGAUCCUGACAGUGAAAUUAAGGUAAAAGGCAGUUCAACAUUAAUCUGGCCGAAUUAUUCAUGGGGGUCAUUUGGUUAUAUUCUGUCGAGGAGAGGAGCUGAUAAAUUAUUAUCACACAAACCUUUACAUCGAAUGGUGCCAGUUGAUGAAUAUAUUUCUAUAUUAUUUAAUAAACACCCAACAGAAACAUGGAAGAUACAAUUCAAACCAAGGAAUUUAGUCGCUCUCUCUGCUGAACCUCUAUUACUCCAUCCAAAAUUUUAUGAAGGAGAAGACAAUCAUAGCUCAGAUACCACAGAAGACUCCACAGAUAUUGAGAUAGAUGACAAUGAUACAGAUAAUGAAGAUUCAGAAGUUGAUAAUACUGAAAGUUAACAUUUGAUUUUCUGUCAACAUUACCUGGACAUUGCUAUACAUUCUUGCUUACUGUUUUCGUUCCUAUAUGGUUUUGAAAGACAUAUCCAUUUGAAAUCACCUCUGGUACAAUAACCUACAUUGUUCAACCAAAUAUCCCAAUUCAGAAAAGACUUCCCUUUGGAAAAAUCAAUAUAAUUCCUGUCCCAGGGUUAACAAAACCAGCAGAAGUUUUUAUAUCCAUAAUUUAGUAAUCUGUUCAGACAGUAAUUAAAGGGGGUAUGGCUCUACUCUUUGAACCUUAAAAUAGACAAAAACGGUCGAAAAGCACGUACUAAUGUUAUACGAAUGUAUAUCGUGAUGUAUGGCUCUAUUAUUUCGAACCUUAAAAUGGGUCUAAAAGCACAUAAUACGAAUGUAUAAAGUGGUUUAUAGUCAAUUUUUAAAAAAAAAUGUACUGUAAUUUAUAAUCAAUUGUGUUCUGUGAAGGACGUGAACAGUCCAAAUUGUUUGUGAAUCAGCCAUUGCUAUUUAUUUAAGCAUUGUCGUGUGGGAUAUGUUUUCUUUGUUCAUUACAAAUGGCGCUCAAAACCACAGAUCGCACGACUCCUCUGGUAGAAGAGUAAAAAUAUUGGAAAUUAGGAGCAUUAUCAUUGAUUGAAAUGGACCUAUACGUGAUUUUAAUUUCGAAUAUUAUAGAAAAUAUUAAGUUGCACUAGCCCCAUUAAUUUAACUGCGAGAGUGUUCCUUUAAAAAUUAAAUAUUUGACAAUGAUUGUCUACUACAUGUUAGUCACAGUCGCCUACCGGAUCAACAAGAAGACUGAAUUCAUUCAAGAUCUGUUGAUCCUUAAAUAACUUAAUGUUUAAAUUUAUCUGAUCUAGACGCCUGGAGGGUCAACAAACUUUUACGUAUUUCACACUUUGCGGUCCGGUACUGACCAAUAUCUUACCCUUACAAGAUCUUUUGAUCCCAUGCACACAUGAAAAUCGGAUAAAAAUUGCGACCUGGAAAGUGACAACACACAUAUUAAAAAGUGGAUAAACAAUGUGCCCUCUCAGAAGCGGACAAUAUCGACGGCAACCUUCAACCCGAAUUUAUUUUACGAUCUUCAAAAAGAAAACACCGAAAUUGGCCCAAAAAGUAUUCUUUUAACACCAAUAGCAACAUACACACGUGCUAUGUCGACAAUGUCGUUUCGGGGGUUGUGGGGGACGAGAAACGCAAUUAUUCCAUU